CUUCAGUCGAUACAGAUUGCAACCAUCGUUUAUUUCAUCAUCUUAUGGCUUCGCAUCCUGUGUUCCCUUUCAGGGCGCACUGGUUUCGUAUGCUUGAAGAAGAUCGAUUGUCUAAUUUUCCCCCUCUUUGACCAUCACAUUGCCGUCCUGGUUAGGGACCACUGCCAUGUCGAAGGAGCUUGUCACCACUAAACAUAAGAGCAGCACCCCGGACACUGUACAAGAUGGGGAUCGGACGCUGCAUGAUGAAGCUCACAUCAUUCCUAGCACCAGCGUCUCGAGCAGGCCGGUCACUCGUCAUAACCACAUUUGGGAUGGAAGAACAUCGUCAGAUAGGGCACUCAUCGCUUUAGAUAGGGACCUGGAUGCCUUGCCGAAGUCUUCAACGCCUCAUCCUAUCAACGACGACAGUGGUCUGAGAGAUUCCCCGUUUCUUGCGGCGACAAUAAAAGCGGCUCCAUACCACCCGGGAUCUGACCCUUUAAGACUACAAGAUCGGCAGGUAUUCAUUCAAGCGAUUACGAGGAUUUUGGAUCUUGCAAGCGCCAAGUCGAACCUUGCUACCUUUUAUUCGACAAGAUUUGAGUGGGAUCAGGAUCAUCGAGGCUUCACCCUUUCUAGAGUGAUCAGCUUGUCCAACCAGGCUUUGCUUCGAGCGCAUUUCAAAUCGAACGCAGGACGGACGACCCCCCAGUCCAUACCGUCAACCACAGAGCCCUCUGGUACGAGUCAAAGCAAAUCUGCAACGACCAGGUCUCGCUCAAGUCCCGUGAACAACCGCAAGAAGCAGCGGAAAAGCGUUCAUCAGAAAUCUGGCGGCAACGACGACGGAGAGGAAGGACAAAGCGUCAAGCGCCCACGACGUGGCGACGAAGGCGCUCGUGCCGAUGUCCGCCGGAUGGCCUGUCCAUUCAAUAAAUACGACAACAUGCUAUUUGGUGGAGAUUCUCCCGAUAGCUCAUAUCAUAUCUGUGCAACCUUCAGCUGUGAAGACAUCGGGGAUCUCAAACAACACUUCAAGCGGAAGCACUAUCUAGGACAUCAUUGUUUCCGAUGUUGUCGGCGCUUCCCCUCAGAGGCAAUGGUUGCGGCACACUUGCGAGAGGACCCCGUAUGCGAUAUCCAAGAUCCCCCGCUACAUCUCGAGAGGAUCGGGACGGUUCUGAGAGAGGAACUUGACCUCGAUCGCAAGAACUCUCAAGGUACAGAUCCAAUCUGGUUUUGGCAUAAAUUAUACGAUGCUUUCUUUCCCGGCGCCUCGUCUCGACGCCCUGUCAGCCCCUUCUACGAGGGACCGGCUAAAGAGCAUAUUAUUCGCUUUGGCCUGUUCUCCGAGCAAGUACGGGAAGAUGUGUUGCAGGCCGUCCAGCAGCGUCUAGGCUUGGUUCAUGUCUCUGCGUGGAGUGACCAACUCCGAGUCCUUCAGGAGGUGGAGCAGGAGAUAAAUCAGCUAUACCUGCAGGACGUCGCGAGAAGAUCUAUGCCUCAUCUCGGACAACGUGAACCAGAAGCCGCUGAUAGACUCGCAACAAUACCUACGAUACCUAGUCAUGCGCGAACAACGUCUUCAACAUCAGCAAUGCUACCUCUACCAGGGGAGGUUGCAGCCUCCGAACCCAGGGCAAGGGACACUCCACUGACUCAGGCCAUGAACAAUGGUCAUGGGGUGACUUUCAUUACCAACUCGUCGCCUCCAAUCCUCCUCCCAACUCCGGCGACUGAUCCCGUUGCUCUGGGUACCUUGGAGACAGGCGGCCCAUCAGGACUUCCAGUCGUCGCCGGAGGUUUGCUAUUCGACGAUCCCAAUCUUGACAUGGAAGGAGGGUACCAAUUGCUCGGCGAUGAGGACCUGAGCGUUUCGAUGGUGUUGCCCUUCGACAUGGAGUAUAAUUGGGCUCAGGAAACCGAUGCCACGUUAGACCCUAUUUUUGAGCAAUCUGGCAAUGCACACUUGGGCAAUGAGAGUACAUGAUAGGACCAUGCCCGGGUUA